UUCGUUAUUAGAAAGUUGAAAUCGAAAGCGGUCUUGAGUCCGCAUUCAGUGGUACGACAUACUGAAGGUUAAUUUAAGAAUAUGUUCAUUACUUAGACAGUCAAGACAAAUAUUUCGGAAAGUUUUUAAAAAUGUGUAGUGACUUUACGUGCAAUAUUGGAAUUAAAAAAUGAUUUCAUGUGUGAUCCUAGUUAUAUUGCUGUGUUCUUCAGUUUUCAGUCAAGAUGACGAAGGUCCAUACAAAGGAAAAUUUAUAGGUAAACUUAACUCUUAUCACCACCAAGUAUCCGGAGACGUAUAUGCUGUAGACAAAUAUACUCUCCUCCUGACCUCGUUCAACUACGAUGGUAAUGGAGCCGAUACCUUUUUCUGGGCCGGAGCUGCAAACAGGCCCGGCCCUCAAGGAUUUAUUGUUCCCGAUUCACGUGGGAAAACUAAUGUGCUUGAUCGCUACUUUAAUAAAGACUUCACUCUAGUUCUACCAGAAAAGAAAAAAAUUACAGAUAUUAAAUGGUUUGCCAUAUAUGAUAUUUGGUCUCAAAAUACGUUCGGAGAUAUUUAUAUUCCCGAAGAAUUUGAACCACCAGUGGCUCAAAAAGUAUCUCAACUCACCGGCAAAACGAAUUCCAUUAGUACAAUUUCAAUUGAAAUCUUAGACGCUAAACAAAUUAAGCUGAUUGGAUUCACUUACGAUGGAAAAGCUAAAGAUGCGUAUUUUUGGGUGGGUGUUGGAGCUCAGCCAGUAUCUAAAGGAUUUAAAGUACCAGACGAAUAUGGAUACUUGGAUUCCCUUAAGGCAUAUAAGAACAAAACCAUAAUCUUAGAAAUUCCAGGGGAUCUCACGAUUUUUAAUAUAGAUUGGUUCAGCAUAUUCGACCAUGACACAAAUACAAAUCUGGGCUCGAUUAUUAUUCCAGAAGCACUGAACGUUCCUCCCUCUUUGGUGAAAGUCACUGUAAGUAAUUUAAUCUCUUUAUAAACGCGUAAUGUCAAU